AUGGCUUCUCCCGAGCGUGCUCCUCGUCUUCUGAUGGUCUCUAACAAAACUCCUGUCGUCAUCAAGCUGUCCACGGAAGGGUCGUACAGCUUUUCUCAAGGCUCAGGUGGUUUGAUAAGCGGUGUAAGUGGCCUAUCGCAGACAAUACCAUACACCUGGUACGGCUGGCCCGGCCUAGAGAUUCCUGAAGCAGAGACUGCUGCCCUGUCCAGUCGGUUGAGAGACGACUUCGCAUCUGUACCAGUCUUUCUCGACGACGAGCUUGCAGACCGCUACUACAACGGCUUCGCGAAUUCCAUUCUAUGGCCUAUCUUCCACUAUCACCCGGGUGAGAUGAACUUCAGCGAGGAUGCCUGGUCAGCAUACAAGAAGGUCAACCGGAUAUUUGCUAAGACCGUUGCCAAAGAUGUGAAGGACGGAGAUAUUGUCUGGAUCCAUGACUUCCAUCUUUUCCUUGUGCCAUCCAUGCUGCGAGAGGAAAUCGGUCCCAAUGUGAACGUCAAGAUUGGAUUCUUCCUCCACACGACCUUCCCUUCCUCGGAAGUCUACCGCAUUCUGCCUGUCCGGAAUGAGAUUUUGCUUGGAGUCUUGCACAGCGAUCUGAUUGGGUUCCACACAAAUUCCUAUGCACGCCACUUUUUGAGCAGUUGCUCUAGCGUCCUUGGUCUGCCUACGACGAGUCGAAACGUUACAUUCCAGGGCAGGAUCGUAAAUGUUGGGACAUUUCCUAUCGGGAUACAACCAGAGCGAUUCACUCAAACUCUUGCCGAGACCAAAGUUCAGGAGCGGAUAGCAGCGCUCGAACGCGAGUUUAAGGGACGCAAGCUCAUGGUUGGCGUCGAUCGGUUGGACUAUGUCAAAGGACUUCCGCAGAAGCUUCGGGCUUUGGAAGUGCUUCUGACAAACCAUCCCGAGCUUGUUGGGUCUGUUGUCUUGGUACAGAUUGCUAUUCCCACUCGUGGUGAAGUGGAAGAAUACCAAAAUCUUCGUGUGCUGGUCAACGAGCUUGUUGGUAGAAUUAAUGGAAAAUUCGGAACGAUCGAGUAUACACCAAUUCACUUCAUGCAUCAGUCCAUGGCUUUCGAGGAGUUGUUAGCUCUCUACGCCAUGUCGGAUGCUUGCGUCAUUGCAUCAACCCGCGAUGGGAUGAAUCUAGUAUCCUUUGAAUACAUCGCUUGCCAACAAAAGCGCCAUGGAUCAUUGGUACUUAGUGAGUUUGCCGGCUCAGCUCAGAGUCUCACUGGAUCCCUUAUUGUCAAUCCGUGGAACAUAGACGAGAUGGCAAGGGCCAUGCAAAAAGCUCUUACUAUGGAAAAUUGGGAACGAGCCGAACGGUUCGAGCAGAUGAACGGCUAUGUUCAGAACAACACAAGUGCUUUCUGGGGUGCGUCAUUCAUCAAAGAGCUGAAGAGCGUUGGGGAGGAGCCAGAACGCUUAUUGAAGUUCGGCCGGGAUCCUCCUCCGAUCAAGAUAGACUGGAGGAGCUAUGACGGUGAAGCGUGA